CCAUGUUGAAAGAAGUGCUGUGUAUUCUGGUCGUCUGUCUGGUUGUAGUCAUAACGGAAGUAGCCGGUGAUGCGUGCAAGCGCUACACAGUAAACGGAUGUAGUAUCCCCGGUAAACUCCCCUUUUUCUACAAGAAACGAUUCACGGGCGCUUGUAACAGACACGACGUUUGUUACAAUUGUGGCAAGGCCAAAAAUACAAAUCGAAAGACGUGCGAUAGAAGUUUCCUGUCCAACAUGAGGUCCACGUGUAGCUGGUGGAAAGCUACCUGUUGGUCGGCUGCCUAUGUGUACUACCUGGCCGUCAGGGCCGGAGGGUCGAAGCGAUACAAGCAGACGUCGCCAUCGUGGUGCGGCGAGAGCUGGGUUUCCGGUUGCAUGAAAUAAGCCAAUCAUUUGGAAGCAUGUCCGUUCAAAGAGGGAGGUAACUCCCAGUUUUGUUUCCUGUGGCGAAUAAACAGAGUAACAGAAUUG